AUGGAUCUGCCCGACCACCCACGCCGGAGAAAUCGAUCUUCAACCUAUGGAUCCGCGCAGAGUGCACCUGCCCCUUCGAUUGCAUCCGCAACGACUGCUCCAGAGCACCCACAUGGAUUCAUACACGGGCCUCAUGCAGACGACCUCGCGCUGGGGUUUGUCGAUAUCUACCAGUCAUUGACACCUCGACAAGUCGCCGUAAUCGCAGUGGGGUCGGCUAUCGGGACCGGAUUGAUGAUUGGGACAUCAAGGGCUCUCACAAUGAGCGGUCCGGCUGCCAUGAUGAUAUCCUAUACCUUUGUCGGCUUUUCAGUAUACUUGGUUUUAUUGGCUCUGGGUGAAGUCGCUGCUUGGUUGCCGAAACCAUACACAGUUGCAGAUCACGCCGUGCGGUUUGUUGACCCAGCCCUUGGUUUCAGUGUGGGGUGGAUAUACUGGCUGAAAUAUGCCAUCGUCACCCCAAAUCAGUUGACCGCCGCGGCUUUGAUUAUUUCAUAUUGGGUUGAUGCUGAAUGGGUCAAUCCUGGCGUGUGGAUUUCUGUCUUGCUCUUCGUGAUCGUCCUCAUCAAUUUCAUUCACCAUGGACUACCAAGCCGAGUGGAAUUCUACGUUUCGUCCUUCAAGCUACUCAUCAUGUCCGCUUUGAUGAUACUGUCACUUGUGAUUGCUCUGGGAGGAGGACCAGAUCAUGAUGUUCGAGGUUUUCGCUACUGGAAGACACCCGGGGUGCUUAAUACUUUCGGGGCUAGAGUGAAUCCCGGGCUGUUGGCAAAAUUUUUGGAAACUUGUGCGACCAUGUCUUCGGCGACGUUUGCCUUCAUAGGCAGUGAACGAUCGGGCAUCAUGGUGCGGGCUCCUAAUAUACGAAAAGCCAUAUCCCGCGCCAUAAAACAUACCUUCUACCGAGUUCUGGUGUUUCAUCUCUUGGGGAUCACUCUGUUGGGUAUGCUUGUUCCUCGAGACUCGGCCAAGCUGGCCUUCGCUAGUGGCUCUUCCAAGGGGGGUGCUGCUUCUCCAUUUGUCGCAGCCAUUUAUCUAUCUGGAAUCGCAGUGUUGCCAGACAUGUUGAACGGUUGUAUCCUUUUGUUUGUUCUAUCAAUCGCCAAUUACGAUCUAUACCUGGCUACCAAGGCGAUGUGCGAUCUGUCGCUCAGAAAUCGUGCGCCCGGUUUUCUUCUCCGCAAAAACCGUCGAGGUGUUCCUGUUUACGCCCUGGGUGUAUCAGCAUGCGUUGCAACCUUGGCCUAUGCCAACGUCGCCAAAGAUUCCCGACUUAUAUUUGGCUAUUUGGUUGAUAUGGUAACAAUGCUCGGUCUUUUGGUCUGGGUUUCGAUCCUUAUAACUCACAUCGCAUUUGUGCGGGCACGCAAAGCCCAAGGUAUCCCCGAUGAUGCUCUUACUUUCCGUGCUCGUUUCGGUCUCGCAGGUACCUGGCUAGGUCUUGUCCUCUGCCUAUUCAUCUCCACAACCAUGGUCCUCGGCGCUUUCUCGUUCGACAGGAACGGUAAGCUGAAGUUUCACUAUCAAUCCGCCGUGGCUUCGUAUGUUGGCCUCCCUAUCUAUCUGAUCUUGAUCCUGGGAUACAAACUGGUAAUGCGCACCAAGCGUGUUAAUUCAAAAAAUGCAGAUAUGUGGACAGGGAAGUUAGACAAUUGA